CAAUUUUUAGCAAAUUCUCUACCUCUCUCUCUCUCUCUAUCUUCUCUGGGACAAAAAAUGGAGAUAUCAGUUGCAUCGGUAACAAUUUCAGUAGCUGUAGCUGUUGUGUCGUGGUGGGUAUGGAGAACUUUACAGUGGGUUUGGUUUAAACCAAAGAUGCUUGAGAGUUACCUGAGAAGACAAGGUCUUGCCGGAACUCCUUACACACCUCUUGUCGGCGAUUUAAAGAGGAAUUUCAGCAUGCUGGCUGAGGCAAGAGCCAAACCCCUCAAACUAACGGAUGACAUCACAACACGUGUCGUGCCUUAUCCCUUGCAAAUGUUCAAGACUUACGGAAGGACUUACUUUUCAUGGUUUGGACCUAUACCAACCAUCACUAUAAUGGAUCCUGAGCAAAUCAAAGAAGUGUUCAACAAAGUUUAUGAUUUCCAGAAGCCGCAUACAUUCCCUAUAGCCACAUUGAUAGCUAAAGGACUCGCUAAUUAUGAUGGUGAUAAAUGGGCGAAACACCGAAGAAUCAUCAACCCCGCUUUUCAUCUUGAGAAGAUCAAGAAUAUGGUACCUGCGUUUCACCGGAGCUGUAGCGAGGUUGUUGGCCAAUGGGAUAAGUUAGUGUCGGAUAAAGGGUUGUCAUGUGAGGUAGAUAUUUGGCCUGGGCUUGUGAGUAUGACUGCAGAUGUGAUCUCUCGUACUGCUUUUGGCAGCAGCUACAAAGAAGGGCAGAGGAUCUUUGAGCUCCAAGCAGAACUAGCACAGCUCAUCAUUCAAGCUUUUAGGAAAGCUUUCAUCCCUGGAUUUAGUUAUCUCCCAACAAAAGGUAACAGAAGAAUGAAAGCAAAAGCAAGAGAAAUCCAAGUUAUACUGAGAGGGAUCGUUAACAAAAGGUUAAGGGCCAGGGAAGCUGGGGAAGCACCAAGCGACGAUUUGCUGGGAAUACUUCUUGAUUCAAAUUUGAGGCAAACGGAAGGUAACGGAAUGAGUACCGAGGAUCUGAUGGAGGAGUGCAAGUUGUUCUAUUUCGCCGGGCAAGAGACAACAUCAGUACUUCUGGUUUGGACAAUGAUUCUGUUAAGUCAACACCAAGAUUGGCAGGCUCGUGCACGAGAAGAAGUGAAGCAAGUUUUUGGCGAUAAAGAACCUGAUGCAGAAGGCCUAAACCAGCUCAAAGUUAUGACGAUGAUAUUAUAUGAAGUCCUCAGGCUAUAUCCUCCAGUAACCCAGCUGACCCGAGCCAUUCACAAAGAGAUGAAGCUAGGCGAUCUAACGCUACCAGGCGGUGUUCAGAUCAGUCUACCUAUUCUGCUAGUCCAACGUGACCCGGAGCUGUGGGGAAACGAUGCAGCGGAGUUCAAGCCAGAGAGAUUCAAAGACGGUCUUUCCAAGGCAACAAAGAGCCAAGUCUCCUUCUUUCCCUUUGCGUGGGGACCGAGGAUAUGCAUCGGCCAGAACUUUGCCCUGUUGGAGGCAAAAAUGGCAAUGGCAUUGAUUCUGAAGAGAUUCUCCUUUGAGCUCUCUCCUUCCUAUGUCCAUGCGCCUUACACAGUCAUCACCAUUCACCCACAGUUCGGUGCUCAGCUUAUCAUGCACAAGCUAUAAUCCUACAACCCCUUGUUGUUGUUGUCUAAUAAAUAAACUUGUUAUAC